AUGCUACCCACUCAAUCGAUCGCUAGAAUCUGCUAUACCCGUCGUGGGUUCUAUAGUUCCGCUCAAUUACUAAAGAAGCAUUCAGGAAAUAAGAAGAAUCAAAAAGAUGCUGGGAAAGAAGAGGAAGAGACAGCUAUUGUCGAUUUGGGACAAUAUUCAAGAACCGCUCAGCAGGAAUUUGCAAAGACUUUAGAAUUGCACAAGAAAAAAUUGAACGAAACCAAAAAGGGCGUUUCUGAUCCAAGUAUGCUUGAUGACCUUAAAAUGCAAGAUGGCGUGCCAUUGAAAAAUGUAGCCUCUACUUCUUUGAAAGGUAAAAAUUCAUUUUUAGUCACAGUUUAUGAUCCUAAGGAUACCAAACAAGUUAUCAGUGCAAUUUUGGCUGCAAACCUGAACUUGACACCCGUACGAGUUCCCAACAAUGAGCAGCAGUUGAAGAUCGCCUUGCCCCCACCAACGACUGAAUCGCGCCAGAGGUUGUGUAAGUCAUUAAAAGCUGUCUUUGAAGAGUACAAGAACUCCUCCUCCAAGCAUUCGUUGGGUUACAUUAGAGGUGAAAUUUUAAAAGAUAUGAAAUCUUUGUCGAAGAAAGACGACAACGUAAGGAAAGUUAUGCAGGAUCUCGAGAAAUUACACAAGGAAUACGUUACUAAACUUCAGGAGCAAUUGAAGCAAGCGGAGAAGAGCUUCAUGAGUUAA